AUAUUCUUCCUCAUAGACUUACACAAACAUCUUUAGGUUAGCUCUAGUGGUUUUUUUGUUGUAUCAAGACAAGACUUCUGUUGACAUACAUAGUUAUAUAGUGAGUAUGAAGAGUGGAGGUUACAGUGUCCAGCAAGCUCUCACGCAUGAGGCUGCAACCAUGGUGAAACAAGCCAUGACCUUGGCUAGACGGCGUGGGCAUGCUCAGGUCACGCCUCUCCAUGUGGCUAGCACCAUGCUCUCUGAUUCCACAGGUUUAUUCAGAACAGCUUGCCUCCAAUCCCACACCCAUCCUCUUCAAUGCAGAGCACUCGAGCUCUGUUUCAACGUCUCACUCAACCGCCUACCAAAUUCCACAGGGAGUAGUGCUAUGUUGGUCCCUUGUAUAUCCAACGCUCUGGUUGCAGCUUUCAAGCGUGCGCAGGCUCACCUGAGACGUGGUUCCCUCGAGAACCAGCAACAACCAAUCUUGGCCGUCAAGAUCGAACCUGAGCAGCUUGUAAUUUCAAUUCUUGAUGAUCCUGGUGUGAGCAGAGUGAUGAGAGAGGCUGGUUUCUCAAGUCCUCAUGUGAAGAGAAAGGUGGAGCAAGCUGUGUCUUUGAAGACCUACUCCAGUAAACCCAAAGCAAGCAAGGUUCUAACUUCUGAGGUCAAGAACUUCAGUGAGAUUGAGAAUGAGACAAUUCUAGAAUGCUCAACGACAAUGGAGGCAGAGGGUAAGAGAAGCAGCAAUGUCAUCACCACUCUCCCAUCUUGGCUUCAGCUAUACAAGAAGGAGAAUCAACAUAAGGACACUGAUUCAGAUAACUCAAUCCAUGAAAGACCAUCUGAGAAAACCCUCGAGCUUUCUUCUCUUUCUCCUUCUUCUUCUUCUUCUUCCAACACUUAUGCUCCUACAGAACCUAACUUAAGUCUGUUUGUUCCCGAACAUGACAACGAGCUCAAGACAACGCUCUUGAUUAACCCUGCGGUCUCUUUUAGUGAUGAAUAUGUCUCCAGGUUUAAGGAGAUGAACGCUGAGAACCUAAUAACUCUCUGUAAUGCCUUGAUGAACAAGGCACCAAAACAGAAGGAUGUAAUUCCUAAGAUCGCAAAAGCAAUCUUGAAAUGCAGAUCGGGAUCAACAUCUAGAAAGCUCCGCAACAGAAAUCAAAAAGAAGAAACUUGGUUAUUGUUCCAAGGUGUGGAUGUUGAGGCCAAAGAGAAGAUAGGUAGAGAGUUGGCAAAUUUUGUGUUUGGGUCGCAGAACAGAUUCGUCUCAAUCAGCUUGAGCAGCUUCUCUUCCUUUCCCAUGGAAGAUCUCAGGAAAAAGAGGAGGAGAGAUGAAGAUUGCUGGAGAUACACUCAGAAAUUGUUCGAAGCUGUGUCUUGUGAUCCACACAGAGUGUUCUUCGUGGAAGAUAUUGAGGAAGCUGUCUAUUUGUGUCAGAUGGGUUUCAAAAGAGCCAUUGAGAGAGGAACAGUUAAAAGUGGAAGCGGUGAAGAAGCUUUGCUUAGAGACGCGAUCGUGAUCUUGAGCUGUGAAAGAUUCAGGUCAAGAUCAAGAACCUGUUCGCCUCCAGACCCUUAUAUAUCUCUCGAUUUAAGCCUCUCUCUUGAUCAUCAUGAUGGUGAUGGUGAAGAUGGAGAUGCUAGUGAUUAUAUUGGAUUACUCGACGCUGUGGACGCACGCAUUCUUUUCAGCGGGUCGUCAUCAUGAUUCAUGUCUUGUCACAUACUAAUAUUGGAUGGUCAUGGUCAUGUAUUCAUUGCGACAGUCAACUAGGAGGCUAGCUUAGGAACUUUGUAGAGGCAACGACUUUAUAUUUAUAAGAUGAACAUUAAAAUUAUGUAUUUAACAAACUUAUUCAAAUUAUGGCUUAAAUUCUCUUUA